AUGGUGGAAUUAGAAUGUAUUUCCAUCUGAAGCGUUAAAUAGUUGGCCAGAUAAAAUCUGUUGUCUCUUGGCCAACCCAAUUGUUAGACGAGAGAGAUGGGCGACGACGGGGUAAAGAACGAGGCAAUGGAGAUAAUGGGGAUGUUCCAAGCGCUGCCUCGUCUCGUCGUCUUCGAUCUCGAUUACACUCUCUGGCCUUUUUACUGUGAAUGCCGCUCAAAACAGCAAAUGCCAUAUUUAUAUCCUCAUGCCAAAGACAUUUUAUAUGCCCUCAAGGACAAGGGAGUUAAUAUUGCUAUUGCCUCAAGAUCACCGACGCCUGAUAUAGCAAACACUUUUCUUGAUAAGUUGGGCCUAACAUCAAUAUUUGCAGCCAAGGAAAUAUUUUCCAGUUGGACACACAAAACCGAACACUUUCAGAAGAUCAAUAGGAGGACAGGGGUGCCUUAUAAGGAGAUGCUGUUCUUUGAUGAUGAGGAUCGUAAUAUAGAGUCGGUUUCGAAGAUGGGCGUGACAAGCAUAUUGGUGGAUGAUGGGGUAAAUCUUGGGGCUUUGAAGCAGGGUCUCUCAGAGUUUGCUCAGAAUUCAGCUUCAGGGAAAAAGAACAAAGAAAAACGGCUGCCAGAUUCAUCAAAAAGCAAUGAGCUACAGUAAUCCAAUUGUUCAAGAUCCCCACUUGCAUUUAAGGGGUCAUAUGCAGUUCGACAUUUGCAUUUUGAUACAUUUAAGAAAUUUUUUAUGUCAAUAUGGAACUUUUUGAACAAUUGUAUGCAUUAAAAGCGGUGGUUAUCUCUGUUAUCAGCUUUGAAUCUUUGAA